GGGGCUUGUCUUGCCUUCCGUUUCAGGCUGACCAGUGCACGGGGCUGCAGGGCUUCCUGGUGUUCCACAGCUUCGGGGGUGGCACCGGCUCCGGCUUCACCUCCCUGCUCAUGGAGCGCCUCUCCGUCGACUACGGCAAGAAGUCCAAGCUGGAGUUCUCCAUCUACCCGGCCCCCCAGGUCUCCACGGCCGUGGUGGAGCCCUACAACUCCAUCCUCACCACCCACACCACCCUGGAGCACUCCGACUGUGCCUUCAUGGUGGACAACGAGGCCAUCUACGACAUCUGCCGCCGCAACCUGGACAUCGAGAGGCCCACCUACACCAACCUCAACCGCCUCAUCAGCCAGAUCGUGUCCUCCAUCACGGCCUCCCUGCGCUUCGACGGGGCCCUGAACGUCGACCUGACGGAGUUCCAGACCAACCUGGUGCCCUACCCGCGCAUCCACUUCCCUCUGGCCACCUACGCCCCGGUGAUCUCGGCCGAGAAGGCCUAUCACGAGCAGCUCUCGGUGGCCGAGAUCACCAACGCCUGCUUCGAGCCGGCCAACCAGAUGGUGAAGUGUGACCCUCGCCACGGCAAGUACAUGGCCUGCUGCCUGCUGUACCGCGGGGACGUGGUGCCCAAGGACGUCAACGCCGCCAUCGCCACCAUCAAGACCAAGCGCAGCAUCCAGUUUGUGGACUGGUGCCCUACUGGUUUCAAGGUGGGCAUCAACUACCAGCCCCCCACGGUGGUGCCCGGGGGGGACCUGGCCAAGGUGCAGCGCGCGGUCUGCAUGCUGAGCAACACCACGGCCAUCGCCGAGGCCUGGGCCCGCCUGGACCACAAGUUCGACCUGAUGUACGCCAAGAGGGCCUUCGUGCACUGGUACGUGGGGGAGGGCAUGGAGGAGGGGGAGUUCUCGGAGGCCCGGGAGGACAUGGCAGCCCUGGAGAAGGAUUACGAGGAGGUGGGGGCUGACAGCGUGGAGGGGGAGGAGGACGGGGAGGAGUACUAGUGCCUGUGCUUGCUGGGAA